CGGUGAUGUACAAAUUCACGUCGUGGUUUCUGUGCCGGGAUUUUGGACUCGGUACGUAGCAUGAGUCGCUGAGAGUAGUGCAUAUGUUAAAGUAUUGUAGGACCCAUCGUGUGAUCUAAAAAACGUCUCAGUCGCUCGUUUCGGUCCUGCUCGAUGUAGAUGAGAAAGUACUCACUUAUCAAUAUUUGUAUUAUACGUUUGGAAUCCAUUUUCUAGGGGUGAUUAAAGAUUAUAUUUUAUACAUUUCUUUACGAAUUUCCGUAGGUAGCAAUAUUCAUUCCUUGAACUCUUCCCAACGAAAACGAUCAAUAUUAGCGUACGCGUUUCCUUUUCGUUCUCCACUUAACCGUGAAAGGAGAUGCAUAUUCUAAAACAAAGACGAGCCUUUGACCCUAAGGUCGUUAAGCAAAAAACCGUCUUUGCUUUCUCUUUCAAUGACACUUGCUUGCCUCUCACCGUCUUCGUACAAAGGCCUUCCCUCCUUCUUGUUGUAUGUGACCUUGAAGAUUAUAUUUCAACCUUGACCUAGAUAUUUUUUUUUGGGCGAGUCGCAUUCCGUUGCACCACCUUCCACCUGCGCUGCAACAACGUAAUAUACUUCUUGCACUUACAGCACGAUUUAAAAGCAGAAGAGAUCUUGAACUGGGUUUCCAUUUUUCCCAGCGGUUCACAUUCAACCAACAAUAAGAAUAAAGCACUUCGCUCCUGCUGCCUCAUCUGACCAGCAUGACAUCCACGCGUUCUGCCUCACCGGCUGUGAGCCGCAAGUUCUCACUGCGCUCAGAUAGCCUGUUUCCCUUGUCGAAGGAAGCUACUUCUUCUCCGGCGCCAAGCAGUACGCCACCGAUGCUCUCACCGGAGCGGGCGGAGGGUGAGGCGGACGAAGCAAAGUUACAAGCAGUAGAAGGAGGGUUACGCAGAAGGAGAAACUAAGUAGACGAAAUGGCUCUUGAGUGAGAGACGACGUAAGUACGUACAUCAGUUUAGACAAUACUUAAUUAUGUUAAUCAUUUAUUUCAGGUUUUGACAUUCUUCUAUUUCUACCGCAACUUAUACGAACACACUUCUACAUAUUACUAGCUUGGAGCGAGCGAUAACACCCCCUCGCACUAGGAUUCCCUCCUCGCCUCCCGAAGUAACCCGCGGAGCACUAAGCUCGCCCGCAAUGCAACUUCUUGGAUUUGAAUUGCUCAAAUCCAAAAGUUCUCGACUUUCGCAGGUUUCUCUGAAAUUCAGUCUCUUGGAUUUGAGAACUCAAACCCAAAAACUUUCGACUUUCGCAAGUUUCUCGCUGAUUCAAUCUCUUGGAUUUGGAUGGUUCAGGUCCGAACUCUUUCGACUUUGGCCAAAACAUUCCGGAGCUUUUCUGAAGCUCGACCUCUUUCCUUAAAUCUAAAAUGUUUCGACUUUAACGAGUUGCGCUGAGAUUCGAUCUCUUUAUUUGGAAUUGCUCAAAUCCAAAAGUUUUCGAUUUUAACGAGUCUCGUCGAGAUUGAAUCUCUUGGGCUUGCAUUCCUCAAAUCAAAAAUUUGCGACUUUAGCAAGCUCCUCCGCGAUUCAAUUUCUUGGAGUUCAGUUUCUCAAAUCAAAAAAUUUCCGACUUUGACAAGUUUCGCAGAGAUUCAACUUCUUGGAUUUCAAUUCCUCAAAUCCAAAAACUUCCGACUUUAUCGAGCUUCUCUGGGAUUGAAUGCCUUGGGUUUGGAUUCGUCUCAAACUCCAAAAGUUUUUGACUUUGGCAAGAUUCUCGGAGAUUCAAUUUCUUGGAUUUGAUUCGUAGGGUCAACUUCUUGGAUUUGAAUUCCUCAAAUCCAAAAAUUUUUGACUUUAACAAGUUUGGCCGACAUUCAAUCUCUUGGGGUUCAAUUCCUCAAAUUCAAAAAUUUUCGACUUUAUCGACUUUUUCCGAAGUUCAAUUUUUUGGAUUUGAAUUCGUCCCAAACUCCAAAAGUUUUUGACUUUCGCAAGUUUUUUGGGAAUUCAAUUACUUGGAUUUGCCAAAAUUGCGGGGGAUUCGUAAGGUCAAUUUCUUCGGUUUGAAUUCCUCAAAUCCCAAAAUUUUUGAUUUUAACAAGUUUGGCCGGGAUUCAUUCUCUUGGAUUUGAUUCGCGGGCUCUUAUAAGUUCUUAAGUUCUUUCAUAAGUUCAAAUGUGAAAGAGUGAGAGUUUGGGGCUUGGAAGUGGGAGCGUGAGAGUUUGGCGGGGUUGUUGUUGUUUUUUAAUUUAGCUUUUUAAUAUUAUUACUGUAACUAGAGAAAUAGUGUGAAGAUCGAGCACUAUCUAAGUAUAGGAGAAGACGAAGAAGAACUACAGAUAAGAACCGGUAAAGGCGGAAACAAAGCGUCGCCUGAGAGGCGGAGAAGCUCGACAGCUCUUAUGGAGGUCACAGAAGUGUCACCAACAUGUUUAUCCCGCGAUAGAUUCGCGUAAGAGACGCGCUAGUUACGUUGUAUCUCUCAAGCAUAUAAGUUUCGCGGCUUAGAGCGAUAAAACUCUCUUCAAGAAUUAGAGGAAGAUGACGAGCGACGAUUAACCAAAGAAUUUACUUACUAAGAAGUGGUUCUUGUAGUUACCUCGAAUAGAAGCGGGAGAAGCAUGGUUGGAAAAGCCGAUAUUCAGCGUCGAACGAUCGCUGUUCGCAGCGUAGCGGAACGGCAGAAGCACCGGGAAAAAACGCGUGAAGCUAUUCGAACCUACAGGAAGCAUCGUGACAUAGCAGCAAAAGACACUGGAGAAGGCGAUCUUUUGGCUCUCGCAGCACUACAUCAGAAUCAUGUUCAUAGAGCCAAAAUCAAUAGCAAAGGUGAAGGUGUGGCUGCUGGGUACGUCAACAAUUCAAUGAGUUUUCGAUAGUUCCUUCUAGGCCUAGGAGCUACUAGUGACUGAACUAUAUUCGAUAUUAUGAGCAUUUUUUAGAACAUCACAAGUAGUUGUAGUAGAAUCGUCAAGUAUUCGCAUCGUCUUGGUCCAAGAAUUAAGUUGAAGUAAAAGAUAAAGAGCUACUCCCUGAUGAUACGUUUUUUAUGUGCACUACCGUGCUGUUUUAUACGUGAAUGUUUCAGUGAAAAUCUUUACGUCGCAGGGCUUCGCCUUCGUCACCGUCGGGGACAAGUGGGAAAGACGUUUCUCCCGGUAGCAAAGCCCGGCGUCUCAUUUUGCUUGAAAGCGUCGACCUGUCAAAAAUUAAGGGAUUGAAUGUCAUUCGUGAUCAUCUUUAUCAAUCAUUGCUUUUGCUAUCGAUGGACAAUUAUAAAUUGUGUGUUGUAGCAAGAAAGAGAACGAGGUAACAAGCCGUCUGUUGCUAGACCGGCAAAUUGUCCCAACCUCAUCAAAACGUUCUGCUUAGUACAUGAUCUGGGCGCAUUAUGAUUAGCGCUUAUAUCAAUUGUCAUGAGCUUCCAACAGUGACAUCAAUAGACAGAUGAGUAACAUAACCCACACACGUACUUGAAUGAAGUAGCAUGAUUAUCGCAGCCGAUGUCGAAGUUUUCUCGAUUUCCUAUAAUUCAAAAAUUCUAGUCAGCAGAUACGUAGGUACAAAUUUUAAUUUUAGUGAGUCAUUUAACUCAACACUUUCGUAGAAAGUUAAGUAGAAAUAAAAGGUAGGGACAGGUAGAAAUGAGUAUUCGAAAACUCAAAAUACGCGAGUUGGAGUUACUGACUGAAAUAAGAGGGUCUUGACUAGUACACUCCUCUUCUUUCAGUAUCUCCCUUUACUCGGUUAUUUCAGUUUAUCGAAUACGUACAUCGAAGAACGAAACAAAAUAAAGGCCCUUUCUCUAAGUAAAUGGGUCUCUACACCUUGCAGCAUUUGGAGUUCCGCAAUGUCCGUACGUUGAGACUCACGCAUAAUCAGUUACGAGAGCUUCCCGUCCUGGAUUUACCGACGCUCCAAAAGCUGGACCUAUCCAAGAAUUAUGGGAAGUUUUUCGUUAAAAUGCAUUCAUUUUCAUUUGAAGGAAGUACUUCAACAGAAGAUUCGUCGUCAACAGAUGAGACGACUGUGGUAGCUCUGACUCAGCACAAAGAUGAUGAAAUUAUUAAGUGUAAGUGAUAGGUUGGAGUGCCCCCCAGGAAGGCUCUACUUUUACAUGAGCUGCUACUAGCUCUAAAAUGCUCAGCUGACAACGACACGGAACCUCUUUCUCUGCGAGCAUCUCGAGGAGCUUGUUUUCGAUCAAAACCGUAUCAGAUGUGUACAGAAUUUGGAGACGCUGGAAAGCCUAAAGUUCUUGGACCUUCGUAACAAUCAAAUUGAAGACGCCACGGCGCUGCGUUCUAUCUUACGGAGAAGCUUUUCCCUCAUCCGAGGUAGGUUAGUCCCAUCAUCCAAUACUUAACACAUUUUUGUAAUGCUGCAGGUGCAGGUCAACAACAUCUCGUCCCUCUAAUCGUAGCAUACAACGUGAGCUUGGUCGUGCUCCUCCUGCAGGGGAAUUCCGUGACAACGAAGACGCAUGACAAAACUCGACACUGGAUUAGUGCCGUUGCAACGAGCAAGAACGCUAGUCGUGGUCUUCGAUACUGGUCAAUUAUCGCUAAUGUACUGCUCCACUUGAUAUGAUCGCUUACAAUAACAGGCCCUUUGCCCUGACUUAAUUGGAAGCGGUAUUUUACAGCUGCUUUCUCAAUGCUGGUGUUCGACUUCUUCAUUCUGAAUUUUUUGGUUCGACGGGCAUCUCCAGUUCUGCAGCUCUUACUUCAUGAUUCAGUAUUAAUGUGAUUGAAACUUCAUCUGCUUCAUUGUUGCUACACAAAUUUUCUCAGUUUGCUGGAGAGAAUCUUCUGUGGGUGGACGAUCAGAAAUUAUUCCGGGCAAAAAAUGCUGCCGUAGUUGGAUACGGGACUGGCAUGCGCCAUCAUUGGAUAAGGCCUAUGUUCUUUGAACUCGAAGCUGGAUCACGAGACGGCGUGGGUGAUGCAUGCAAAAGUGGUAACCGCUUCACCUUCUUGCUAUGCGAUUCUUUGUCCUUUGGAACCUAUUUUGCUUGUUAUACUUUCGAGUUUACUAAUAUUCAUUAUAGACCUUGACACCUCGUUUAUCAGAAUCAGAACGAGAACACCUUCGGCCGAUUUGGAAACAAACCACACUAGAAAAAAUAAUCAAUACCGCUUCAUCAGGAUCAGAUGCGCAUCCCGGAUGGUCGAAGGGUGCGCGCGAGGCUCAGACGACUGGCACACAGGUCCGUGUAUUUGUGACGCCGAAGCGAGCCAAAGACGGCCUCUUGAAGAAGGGAGUCAGAAAGAGGAAGCCAGGAAAGGCGUAUGGAGCGAGACACGCGGACCCUGUAAUUGUAAGGCAGCUCCGUCUGGAAGUAGGUCUUAAUCUUAUAAAUUCUGCAAUUACUUCAAUGACAGAGUUAGCAGUAGAGUUCAAGUUCAUCUCAUCCGAAUAUAAAAGAGGACUACAUAAUUGAUGAAUAAAAACGAUAUGAAGCUGCUUGCCGGCAUACAUAGAAGCACGUGACAGGGAGGACACUGAGUUAAUCUAACCUAAGCACGAAUAGGUAUAUCUAUGAAUAUGCAGUCGAAGAGGUGGGCACUGCCGGGUUAGAAACUACAUAUAGACGAGGUAGAGGACACUGAAUAAUAUUGAAAAUAUGGAUUAACUACAAUCCGAACGCUGUCGAUUUUAUUGAGCAUUUUUAUGCAUAGUCCUCACACUCCUACAAACAUUGAUGUGAUCUCUAAGAAUCGACGGGGAAAACGCACGAUUGCAAGGGAUCCUUGGGCAAACGAAGGAUAACCCUUUCGGAGGACCACAUUCGAAGGUGAAAAAGUACCGAAAUAUGAAGCCAGCAGAAAGGCAAGCGUAUGGUACCUACCGGCAUGACCCCUCUUCCCUUGCUCCUCCAUGCUGCGUUUUCGUCUCAAUAUUUUCACAUUUUACGAUUACGAUCACGACUUCUAGAUUAGAAUCCUAGUACAUGAUCAAUAUUCAUUGUGCUAUCACUACCAGUGAUGUCUUCCAUCUAGCUGCAAGUAUUUUACAGUGAGUAUCGUACUUCUACUACUAUAGAAACCCAAAUCGUUUUUUUUGUCCUUGUUCCUUUUUCAGUUCGCAAGCUCUUUCGAGGAAAGCGUGGUCUGUCGCAGUUUCACCUCGACCGUGAGAAGAUGGCGAACUACAAAUGUCUUGGACGCCCAAGUACGAACACGACUUCCUCACGGGGCGUGUUGUAUAUGGGUCACGAAAAUGCGGAAUUACUGAGAGACUGGAUGGAAAGCUUGAGGCAGAAGAGCGUCGUGGAGCAUCAUACUACUGCAUAUGAGUACCACAACACUUUCGAGACGCCACGGGGAGGCGACACUGAUGAAAGUUAAGCUAAAUAAUAUUUCAGAUUAGAAGUGGGCUUGUAGACAGGUAGGCAAAAAAAUGAAAGAGAUUGUAGUAAAUUCACUUCUUUGAAGAUGUGCCGGGAGGGUUCGAUGUGCAGGGUUCACAAACUAACCUAACCUGAAGAUGAUGAUGAUGACAGUGGCAUCAUAUCUUCGAAUACAUUUGAUGUCCUGACCCAUGUCCUCUAAGAGUAAGGCGCAGAUGGUCGUUCGAAGCAGGACGGCUAUGCUGCGAAUUACACCUCCCCUGUGCAGGUGAGUCUUGAUGAUAUGGAGCUGGAUGAUUCAUUGGCGUACUUGACUUACGGCUGGUUUUAUUGCAUCUUCCUAUCCCUAUGUAAAUGCAUGUACUGCUACGGUUCCUUAUUCUUUGACAAUAGAGUUAGCUAUCCACACACAUGCAUAUUAUAAAUACAUCCACGGGACGAGUGCUAGAUGAAUUGGUCAACGUUGAGGAGUAUGUGAGAAUUUCUCAUCAACCUUCCUACUUGAUGAAUGCAGUGAAUAAGACCCUUAAUAUCUUCAAAGAAUCAAAAAAUCAAGUAGGAGUCUAUGUCUAGACCACAAAUAGAGGAAAGUAAGGGGCAGAACGACACUGUUGGAGUUCUUAUAUAUUAUAUUCGAGACCGGAGCCGGAAGAUAUUUAUUGGGUAAGAAACUUCUAAUGGCCGUAUAAGACAACUGCCGAUCCGACUGUUCGGGUUUUUUCACUGGAGCAUGGCGGUACGGUGACGUCACCCGAGCCACUCACUUUUCGAGUUGUGGGCGAUGUAGCGCGCACUCUGGAGGCAAGAAAGAAGCAGUUGAGAGCUUUUGACCAGCUUGUCAAUGCAUGCACACCCGCCGCGGACACUGCUAGAACUAGACAGACCGGAUACGACGGCGUGUAUGAAUUAAGUUGUUUGUUUUUCCUUCUUUACUGAGUCCGCCUCUCGGCACGUUCUCCCCCCUUUUCUCUAUCAAUAGUGAAACCCGUGAUUACACUAGAAGCAAGACUCUUCAUCUUUGAGAUUACACUGAUGUUCUUGAUAUUCUAAGGUCUACCUGCUUAUUCACUGAAUUUGAAAGUGAAUGUUGUAUAUCUUCUAUGUAACAUCGACUAGCCUAGGAGAGAGUAGGCGGGUAGUUUUUGAACAAAAGAAGGGAAGAUGUUACAUCCUCCAUAAUCGGUGGAGCGACGAUUCGGACGAGGUCUCGGUGGCUGGGAGAAAUAGAAGCCCUCGUGGCACCCGGAGGCAAGUCUUUGCAAAAAGCGCAUCUUCUGCGAAAGCGACGAACCGAACCAUUGCAAGAUCCGCAGCAGCGGAUGGUCACCAAGCACCUCGCGCAUUAGUCGAAAAGGCGGAGGGCGUUGCGAGCCGCGAGGUCGACCCCCACCUCGUUUUUCAGCACUUCUUUGGGAGGGUACCCGGCGCUGUUGAACAAGAGGGUGCUACUACAAGGAGGGACCAGCCGGCAACGUCGGCAACGAUCGCCCCUCCUCACGCGAGUAAGGGAGCAAGGCACGACAUGACUAAUAUACUACAACACGUAGGCGCUCGUGGUGCCGCUCUGAGCCUGAGCGGGCAGAAGAAAGGAAAUGGAGCAAUAAAUGCAGGACCAGAACCAGAAGCCGGACCAAUAGAAGUACCGUCGACAACUACUUCGACGUUCUUGAAGCAUGAAAGAAAGGCCGCUCCUGCGUCGGUUGUGGUGCUUCCGCGUCAGAGCGAGAUGGACACGCCACGUGUACAUCUGCACGAGCCCGCUGCAGUCGAGGAGCGUCCUGGAGAAGAGGACGUAAACGAUUCCGACACUCCUCACAAUAUGACGGCUAUUUCUUUUUCACGCGAACUUCCUCAACAUCUUGCUUUACUUAGAUCAUCAAUAUCAUGGACAACACGGGGUCUUCAACAUCCACACUUUGUUUAUAGCGCGUCGAAUCACUGGACUACAAGAACUAGGACAGAGAAAUCCCCCUGACUAAUUAGAGAUUCAUCUUGAAGUUGUACUUGUAGGCAAGAUAAUGAAAAUGAAAUGAGAGAGUGGGGAAACCAUAACCACCGCGGUCACCCAAGUUACUUUGAAAAAACUCUUGCUAAUGUUCUGGCCCUUCCUGCGGUGGUGUCAGAUGACGGUUCAGCUGGGGACUUCCCAGAUGGGGGCGACGAUGCGAACUCCAAUUCCAAUGUCAAAAAAUUUUCCCAGGAAGGACGACACCAGGAGGCAGCGACUUCGAUCACAUUAAGGGUUGCCACAUGGUUUUUACAUCGUCCACUGCCAUCCUUAGCCUUGGCCUUUUUUCGAAUAGAUUCAACAUAAGAAAAGAGAGCCCGAGCAUGAACUGCGGUAGGAGUAAUUUGGUGUGGCUUCUAAUUUUCAGUAACAAAAAUAAAAGUGAAAAUACCGGAAUUACUAGUACUCUGGAAUCGAAAGAGAGUCGUAGCGUUCCAGUACCUUCCGCAGUAGAAGUACAUCUGGCAUCAUCAUCUGGCGGUAAAGUCACGAAGACUGUAUCUGUUACCAGUGACAGUACUAGUCAAUAUGGUCAAGAAAAUGAAAAAGCAGUUCACUUCGGAGAGUUUGCUGAUGGUGGAGAAGGAAGCGAAAACGGAGAAGGAAGCCAAGACGAGGAAGAAGACGACAUUAUGAGUAGAGCAAAAACAAGUGUACUCGAUGUACUCAAGAAAAGAGGAAGAAAUUUCCUACUUACCAAGAAUGAUGCUGCGAGUGCGACUUGCUCUUUUCUUUUAGAUAUCUAUGUACUCGGAGUAAGUUUUUCAUUGUCAUACAGAUGCGCGCUAUGCUACAUCGUUACGCUUCGAGGACGACAGCAGAGGCUCGGGAGACUCAUCGGGCAACAGCAGCCCAUUCACCCUCGACAUCCGAGAAUCAGAAAUCGGGUGACAGAGAUGAAGAGAAGCAAAGUGCGGACUUCCCUAGCGCAUUACGGAGGUGGAAAGAGCAUGACAAUGACGCAAGUUUUAGUAGUACAGCAGGAAAGAAAAACGUCAAUGAAUACGUUGACCAUGCGGACAGGGAGGAAGAAAAGUCCUCUGCGAGUGCGCGUCCGCCUCAAAAAAUGGCGAAAAAGCAGUCGGGACGAACACGAAAGCCGGAAAGCAGUCGGGACGAAGAGUCCGAUUUGUCGAACGACAAUUACCCUUCUGCACCACAUUUCGCGUCCAAUUCUGCUAGGAAUCUCUUCUAUAACGAUAACGAUAGAAAAAGAAAAGACGACGACCUCCACGUCUUUCCUGUUGCCCUCGAUGGCCCGAAGAUAUUUAGACCACCAGAAGAACAAGAAGACCGACCAGAAGACACCGACAUGGAAAAGAAGACAAUUGCCUGGAAGAAGAAUGAUUCGAAGACAGCGAGGAGUACAAGUAAAAGUAGUUCCAGCUCGCUAUUGGAGCAGUCGCAGGUGGAAGAAGAAUGGAGUAUACCUGCUAGCGACGCUGCGAUAGUGAGCACUAGUAAAGUAGGUCGCAAGGAAGAUUUGCAGUUAUGGUCAGCUUUUUUUCAUCUCGCUCAGAAUCUCGAUGCUUUUUAGCCCGUAGAAGACACCGAAAAGGGACCGAGAUGAGGGGGCCGAGAUGAAUGUAAGCGCACUAAUGCUACUACCUCCCCGAUUCAUUGUCACACCCGCACUCGCGCACUCGGAAUCGCCCCAGUUCGCACUUUAUAAUCCGCCUACACGGAGUGCUUGCUCUUCUAGUAACAAGACACAUCAGCACGACAAGGAAAACUAUUGCUAUGUGCAGCCUGUACGUGCGACCACUAGUGAAGAUCAGCAUGCUUCAAAACAAAGUCGUGUCACGGGUAGCUCAAAAGCGACUUCGUCUCAGUCUGAGGCCCAUGCCUUCGGCAGAUCUAGAUCGAGUAAACUUACCUCAAAAGCAAGUACUACUCAGUCUCAGAUGAGUAGAAAUCAUAGUGAUAUGAAGUCUUCUUCAAUGGAACAACAAGUACAAGCAGGAAGCCGCGUAGGGCUACUUGCAGAGAAGAGGAGCAGAAUGGCGAAGAGUCGUGGACAAGGAAAAAAAUCCUUAUCAUCUUCUCUUUCUAGUACUAGUACAAGGGACAAUAGAAAUCAUCUCGCAGUUGCCGCUGAGGUCAGGACACCUGCAUCAGGCGAGCAUCUUGGCGGGGGGAAGUCAAAGUCACCUGCGCCAGGGCUUCUCUUCUAUGACGAGGCAUGGGUGCCUAGCAGCGAAGAACAGAGCAAAGCUACAGCUAGUGCAUGCCAGACGUACCCAGAGCAAGAAGAUCAUGACGCAAUGGACGUGUUGUUCUCUUCUGCUUCGUCAAUCGCGUCGCAGCCGAGGGCCCAGGGGAACAAACCUUCACCCAUCUCAUCAUACCAACAUAAUGCUGGUGCAUCCUUCUCCUCUAUCUCGAAGCAGCAAGUCUACUCGUCAUCGGAGCAGGUUCCUUCGUCCACUAGUCGACAGCAAAAAGGAGCAGAUUACCAGCAUACUAGCAUUAGCAGAACAAGGAGUUUGAAGACAUCUUCGAAGAGCAGCAAUUAUAAUUACAGCAACAAGGCUGCGCAAGAGCAAGACUUUGACGCAGCUGAGCUAGGCGGCUCAUCUUCCUCUACUUCCAGUCGGAGGAGAAAGAGCGUCAAGUCCUCCAAGGAACAAGUGUCCUCGCCAGGCGACGAAGAUGCCUUGUCGUCCGUGUCCACAGAUGGAUGGUCAUCUGCGUCUCUGCCAGGAGGCGCGCCGUCUGAGGAGCGGAGGUCUGAAACGGCCGCACUAUUGGAACAACAGAGACUCAUAGACGAGCAGCUUCGGGAUAUCAAAGUUGAUUGGAAAUACGAUCAUCCGAAGUCAUUGUCAACCCCGAAGUCACUGUCAAACCCGAAGCCACUGUCAAAGACAAGUACAAAUCAGAGCCAAAGGGGACCACCGAUGGACACGCUUGAUUCUGCCCUGGACAUCACCAAAGAGAAGAAGAUGACAGGAGGAGUUCCUCGCUGGAAGUCCAACAAUUUUUAAGGGUUCGUUGUUGUACUCCUUGUCAUUUUCAUAGGUGAUACAAAUUAAUUGAAACAUCAAAUACUUCCAAAUUUAAAUGCUCAAUUAUAUGAUCCAUCGCUACUUGCACUUGCCGUAUAAGGGUUGACGCCGCCAGUGACUAGUACACCUUAGACGGUCUUGUUCUCAGCAACAAUGAAGGGCAUUCAUUGUAAACUUGUUUCCAUUUUCAGGUCUGCGGAUGAGGCACUCAAUGCUGUGGUGCUAACCCCCUCUAAGGUCUUAAUACUCAAAGUCGUGGCACCAGUAACCACACCUCUGCGGUGGAGGCUUGCCAUUUUGGAGCAGGAGUAGGACGACGUGUGUUAAGAGAAGGCAACGGGACGUCUGCUGAACCUCUUUCGAAGAUCAGCAGCAAGGCGAGUACCAAGAAGCUGUCAAAGGAUGAGACGAGGGAAGAUGAGGGUGAGGCAAACAAGCAAUUGAUCCAGCAGAUGGGUUACGAUGAAGCGUUAGACGUAAACUUGCACGAGGAAGAUACUGACUUCGAAGGAGGAGCCGCACGAGGCACGGCAGAAGGCGCGACUUCAUCCGGAGAUGGAGCGGCUCCUUUUCGCACUAGUGCAAAUAGAAGCCGCGAAAUAUUACAGGAGAAAAUGCCGAAGAGAAUGGUCGUCCCUACAAGCAGAAGAGCAAAAGCCCGAGGCAGGCGUGGUGUGAUAGACACCUGUCACCGAGUGCUAUCAAAAAACGGGUCACCGGGAUCAGCUGAGGAGGCCUUGCCGCAACGGCUGCAAAAGGUUAUCAGCGGGAAAGCGGCUCUUUUGCAUGAGAUCGAACAUCUACAAUGAAAUGAAAAGUCCUUUUUUUGGUCGAGUCCUUUUUUACGUUUUUUCGCAGUACUAUGUAUCCAUACAUAAUUGUAUUUCGGUCACCUUCAUCAUCUGCUAUGAUCGCCAAUCACCUAAGUACUAGUUCCAUACCAUCCGCUAUAAAUAUAAUGUCUAUAAUAUCACCUGUUUUGUUUUUGUCGUUGAAUUUGAAACUCAAUGUACUGUUAUCUCACCAUCUAUGAUCGACGAGAUUCAAUUUCUCUUGUCAACAGUCUGAACUUUCGCUUUUUUUUUGCUUGCAAUAAUGAUGAUCAAUUAUGUCUGUAGUGUGUGAU